AUGCGUCUGAGCACGUGCGAGAUAUCCCUCGCCUCGCCUGCCCUCGCGUCCCUGCUGGGUCGCCCUCUCUCCGCCAUCUCUGGCCGCUGCCUUGACGACUUCAUCCUCCCUGACGACCUGCAAGACUUCCAGGCCUGGGCAGCAGUGGUAUCAGAGGCAGCGCAGGGCGGGCUGGCAGCGCUGGGCCCUCCCCCCACCCAUUCGCAACCCUCUGCACUGCUCCACCACCCUAUGGACGCUCCUUCUGCUGCUGCUGGUACUGGCGGCGCUGCUGUUGCUGCUGCGGCGGCAGCAGGCGGUUUGCUCAUGUGUGCGCUUGUGGAGUCUCCCUCUCCCGUUUCAGCUGCCAAGGAAGCAUCAUCGUCUCCCAUGGACCAGCUCACACUCUCCUCCGACCCUGCGGUUGAGAAGGCGCGCAUGGUGGUGGAGUCUUUGCCGGUGGGCGCAGUGUGGGUGCAGCAGAGGGACGACGGCGGUGCGACGGUGCUGCUGAACGAGCGCCUGGAGACGCUGGUGGGGUACUCGCGGCGGCACUUCACGUCCCUUGAAGCCACGUACACCGUGCUGUUCCGCGAUAAGGCCAUGGAGGCGAGGUCGAUGUUUGAGAGGGACAGGGCGAGUGGGCAGGUGGUGCCGCGCACGCACGUGAUGGUGCGCAAGGACGGCGAGCGGCGCUGGGUGGAGGUGGCGCGCAGCAUCUUCCCCGGGGGGGAGCUCUGGCUUGUCACCGAUGUCACGCACAGGCUCGUGCUGCAGGAGCGCUUCCGACUGCUCUUUGAACUCUCCACUGACGGGUAUCUACUGGUGGUGGACACGGGCAUCAGCGACUGCAACGACGCCGCCGUGCAGUGCCUGCGUCUGAGCGACCGCAGCGACCUCAUAGGCAAGCGACUCGUGGAGCUCUCCCCCCCGCUGCAGCCCGACGGCCGGCGGUCGGAGGACAAGUACGAGGAGGUGCAUGCGCUGGCGGCUGAACAGGGCCACACCAAGUUUGAGUGGGCGUACGCGGCAGGGGACGGGUCGACAGUACUCAUGGAGGUGACGCUGACGCACGUGGUGCUGCAGGGGCAGCCCACGCUGCUGGCCGUGUGGCACGACCUCACCGACAUCAAGCUCCACGCCGCCGAGCUGCAGUCCGCUAAAGAGGCCGCGGAGAAAGCCAGCCAGGCCAAGAGCCAGUUCCUCGCCAACAUGAGCCACGAGAUUCGCACCCCCAUGAAUGGAGUCAUUGGGGUGGCUGAGCUGCUGCUGGGGACGGAUUUGACGGCCGAGCAGCGGUCUUAUCUGGAGAUAAUCCGGUCGUCGGGGGAUAACUUGCUGAGGAUUAUUUCGGAUAUUCUGGACCUGAGCAAGAUUGAGUCGAGGAACCUGGCGCUGGAGUCGCUGGAGUUUGACCUGCACCAGCAGGUCACAGAGGCGUUGGCGCUGCUAGAGGUGGUGGCGAAGGACAAGGGGCUGUACCUGGAGGUGGAGGUGGAGGAGGGCGUGCCGCAGAUGGUGGUGGGCGAUGCAGUGCGGUUGAGGCAGGUGCUGCUGAAUCUCAUCUCCAACUCCAUCAAGUUCACGGAUACUGGCGGAAUUAGCGUAAAUGUGCGUCUGGCGCUGCCUGCUGAAAUCGCGUCAGUGCGGGACACGGGCAUAGGCAUGGACGAUGCCAGCAAGAGCCGCCUCUUCCGCGCCUUCUCCCAGGCGGACAACUCGACGAGCCGCAAGUACGGCGGGACAGGCCUAGGCCUGGCGAUCUGCAAGUCGCUGUGCAACCUGAUGGGCGGGGACAUAGGGCUGGAGAGCAAGGUGGGGCAGGGGUCCGUGUUCUUCUUCUUUGUCAACCUGCUCGUCGUGCCCGACCAGCCGAGGGGAGGCGGCGCGGUGUCGUCGGAAGCAGAGUCUGCGGAGGAGGGGCUGCUGUGGCGCCACCUGCAGAACAUGCGCGUGCUGGUAGCAGAGGACAACAAGGUGAAUCAGAUGGUGGCGACGCGCAUGCUGCACAACCUGGGCAUCAAGUAUGACCUUGUGGAGAAUGGCCGCCUGGCACUUAGUGCAUGCGAGGCGCGCAAAUACGAAGUCGUGCUCAUGGACUGCCACAUGCCAGAGAUGGAUGGCUUUGAGGCAACACAGAAGAUCCGAGAGAUGGAGGUCGAGAGAGUGCGGGCAUACAAGGAAGCCAAGGCUGCAGCCAAGCUCCUGCAGCAGCAGAACCCUGGGAACCCCCCACCGCGCCGCCACCUCCCGCGCCCACACCGCACGUUUAUUAUAGCUCUUACCGCAAGCGCUCUUAGCGAGGACAAGGAGAAGUGCAUUGCUGCUGGCAUGGACCAUUAUUUAUCGAAGCCGAUCCGGCCGAGGGAUUUGGAGCGGGCGAUCAGAGAGAGUGUGGUGGCUUUGAAGGACCUGCAUGCAGAGGAGGGGGCAGCGGCGGCGGCGGGAGGGGGAGGCAGCACGAGUGCAUCUGCAGCCGCGGCAGCUGCGUCUCGGUCGCGGAAACGGAUGGUGAAGCUGAGUCUACAGCAGUCGCCUAAUGUGGACGUGUGGAGCGACAUGACUAGUGAUUCGGACAGUAGCGGGUUCUUCUCGGAUGCUUCCGUUUCGUCCGCGACUGUCUCCAAGGGCUGUAGGGAGGGGCAGUGGCAGCGCUAG